CCACAUGUCGGUCACCGUCAACACAAAGAUGCUCCCCAGGGGCCUCAAGGAGCUCCGCGCAUGCCGCUCGUGCCUCCUGGUCAAGAACCGUGGCCAGUUUGAGAACACCGGAUGCGAGAACUGCGGCGAGGAGGUCGGCGAGGCCAUCGCCUAUCUCACCACCACCUCCUUCUCGGGCCUCAUUGCCGUCAUGGACAACGACACCUCAAAGUCAUGGGUCUCGCGCUACCAGCGCCUCGGCGAGCGCAAGCCGGGUAUGUACGCCAUCAAGAUCACAGACACUCGCCCGGCCGAGGACACACCCGCCUCAGGCGCCGCCCGUGACCACUUUGAGCCCAACGAGGAUGACAACAACUUUAUUGUCGACGAUGAAGAAGACCCCGAGGCUGUCUUCUAGCUCAUCUCCUGCUCAGAGCGUCUUGUGCAUGUGAAAGUGCGGGACGCCGACCUCCUCAAACGGCUCGCCGUGAACACUGUAGCCGAGCUUCUCAUAAAAGCCUGCCGCCACCU